AUCAACGCCGCCAAGCAGCUCAACAAGACGCGCGAGUGGGUCUGGGGCCAGCUGGCAUCGUUCAUGAUGCAGAUGAAGCCUGACGUGAAAUCGAUGGUCGACGCGAGGAUUCCCCAGAAGCUUAAAGAAGGGCCUUCGGUUGCCAUCCAGAUCCGCGUGGUCAGCGCCGCCACUGGCCAGGACGGGAUGCGGGUGAACCUCGGGGUGAAGGCGUACUUGGAGCACAUCCGGGAGAAGGUGGCCAAUCUUUCGCUCAAGCCGAAGAUGCUGUACGUGAUGUCCGACGACCCGUCGCUGUCGGAGGCGUCCCUGAAUGCGGAGUACGGACGGUACUCCGAGUACGCGCGGAACACCAGCACGCAGUACCAAUUCCUUCGCCCGACGAGGGAGUGGGCGGACGUCGCUCGCGGCAGCGUGGACGAGACCCAGUCAAAGUCCCAAGUCACCUACGACCUCCUGGCGGACAUCUUCGCCGCCUACGAGAGCGAGGUGUUCAUUGGCACGGCCAGCAACCUAUUCUGGCUGAUCUACGCGCUGAAGCAGACCAAGAAGGAUGGACCGGGGAUCAACUGCUGGAUCAACACCGUGGAGGCGUCCGACCAGUUCAAGAAGCUCUUCUGCCCCGGGGAUCCCGGCUUUUACUACUACUCGCCGCCCGGCCUGCGGUACAGCUCCGACGAGGAGUACGUGGCUCUGCUGCGAGAGGGGCUCGACCGAAAGACGGCAUGGGCCAAGGCGCUGGACAUCCACCACCUCCGCACGAAAAAGGGCGCCGUGCUGUGAGACAUGCCGCCGCUCACCCCCCUCGUCGCCCCAAAGGGUGCCGUGCUGUGAGAGAUCCCCCCGCUUCCCCCCCUCUUCGCCCCGCCGCGGCCCGCCGAAUGGCCGGGCCCGGACGUCCAGCGUCCAGGCACAAGAAAGUACAGACCGCAUCCAUCUUCCAGGCGCGGGAAAAGGAGCACGGGCGUUGUAAUAAAAAGC